AUUACCCCGCCUGUGGGCUGAGACCAAUGGCUCUUAUUUAGGAACUCAGUCUCAGAUUUCAUUAAAGAGUAUUCAAGCAGCACCGGGAGUUCGCAAUUAUUUUUUUUCUCAGUUUAUGUUAUAAGAGAGCGCGACAGGAAGGUGAGGAUCAAAAGCGCGCCAAAAGUUUAAGCAGAAAAGACAUGAACAUUUUGUUAUUCCAAUGCGUUUCGUGGCUCGUAUUAAGCUUCACUGGUCUGGUCGUCGCUGCUCUGGAGAAAGAAAUCUUCUCGAACGAACUCUUUGAUAAUUUUCUGGAGGAUCUACGAGACCUGUCAGAUGUAAACAAAGCCAGCGUCAAGUUUUCUCUGAGAAACCCAUCCCGACCAGAUGAUGACGUGUGUUACAUUGUGCGUGGCAAACCAGAGACUCUCAACAGCUGCAAAUUCAGAAACACUUCUAAAACCUUUUUGGUCAUUCAUGGGUGGACGGUGAGUGGAUUGUUUGAGAGCUGGGUUGAGAAACUAGUUGCUGCACUUUAUAACAGGGAGAAGGAUGCUAAUGUCAUUGUUGUGGACUGGUUGGAGAUGGCACAGAACCAUUAUGUGGUGGCUGCACAUAACACGAAGAUGGUGGGACAAGAGAUCGGACUGUUCAUAGACUGGUUAGAGACUUCCAUGAUUCCUCUGGAGAAGUUGCACCUCAUCGGCUACAGUCUUGGUGCCCACGUUGCAGGUUUUGCAGGAAAUCAUGCAACCAAUAAAGUUGGACGAAUCACAGGUCUAGACCCAGCUGGACCAGACUUUGAAGGGGUCCACGCCCAUGGACGGUUGUCUCCAGAUGAUGCCCAUUUUGUAGAUGUCCUCCACACAUUCACCCAAGGUUCCCUGGGUCUCAGUAUUGGCAUUGAGCAGCCAGUUGGUCAUGUGGAUAUAUACCCUAAUGGAGGAAGCUUCCAGCCUGGUUGCAACAUGAGAGGAGCGCUGGAGAAAAUUGCCAGUUAUGGAAUAUUUGCCUUAAAUAAUGCCAUCAGAUGCGAGCAUGAGCGGUCCGUCCACCUGUUCAUCGACUCCCUGCUGAAUGAGGAAGAAGCUAGCAGAGCAUACAGCUGUGGGAGCAUUGACAUGUUCGACCGCGGCAUGUGCCUCCAGUGUCGAAAGAACCGCUGCAACACCGUGGGCUAUGACGUCAGCAAAGUUCGUAAGACAAGAAGCAUCAAGAUGUUCACCAAAACACGAGGCUCCAUGCCGUUCAGAGUUUUCCAUUAUCAGCUGAAAAUCAACUUCCUUGGAAAAUUAAAUCAAUUAGCAAUGGAGCCAGCACUGACAGUCUCACUUUACGGUACCAAUGGGGAAGCAGAAGAUCUCAAGUUGAACAUACAGGAGAAGAUCACCCCCAAUAAAACUCAUUCAUUCCUCGUGGUAACCGAGAAGUACAUUGGAGAUCUUCUGAUGCUGAAGUUUAAAUUGGAGGAGUCCACAUCCUCUUUACUCACUCUGCUCUCCACGUGGUGGUAUGGAGAUUCUGCAAAUUCUGGCAUACAGGUCCAUAAAAUCAGAGUCAGAGUUGGAGAGACACAAAAGAAGAUUGUGUUGUGUUUGAAAGAUCCCCAAACAGGAAGUUCAACUCAGAACGUUGUAUUUGUGAAAUGCAAGGAGACAUGGAGGUCUUUAUCUAGAAGGCCCAAAUUGAAAAGCCAAUGAAAGGAUUUACAAGUGAUUUUGAUAAAGCACUUCAACAAAUGUAUUUAUACAGCUGUUAUUUAUUAAGAAUGCAACUGCACUGACUGUACUCUAUUGGAUAUAUUAUGUGUUGCUAUGAAUGUGAUUUAUGCAAAUAGAUUGUGGACUUUUGCACUAGGUUUAGCCAUAGGCUUGAAAAGCCUUGAAAUGUGAUUGAUUUUAUUAAAUAAUAUUGGAUUUGUGUUUGAAAUUGCAUUUGUAAUGAUGAUGCUUCUGGCUAACAGCAAAGACUUUUCAAACAUUGUCUAUUAUCUGUUUUACGAAAUAAUUUAAGCAUUUUGUACGAAAUAAUAACAAGAUUAACAUUA